AUGGCAGUCGACAUGAACGUCAAAGAACUUUUGGUCAUAGGGGAUUCCGAUCUAUUGAUACACCAAGUCCAAGGGGAAUGGUCCACCAAAAAUGUCAAGAUCCUGUCAUACCUGCACUGCGUAAAAGAGAUAUCCAAGAAGUUCACGAAGAUUGAGUUCAAGCACAUUCCCAGGAUUCAGAAUGAGUUCGCUGACGCCCUUGCAACUCUAUCAUCCAUGAUUCAGCAUCCAGACAAGAACUGCAUCGACCCUAUCAGGGUAGGGAUCAGGGAUCAACAUGCAUAUUACUUCCAUGUAGAUGAAGAGCCAGAUGAUAAACCAUGGUACCAUGACAUUGGGAGAUUCCUUACAACCAGAAAGUACCCGGAGAAUGCUACUAAUAGUCAGAAGCGAGCCCUCAGGACGUUGGCAAAUCACUUUUUCCUUAACGGGGAAAUCUUGUACAGGAGGACCCCAGACAUGGGUUUGUUGAGAUGUGUAGAUGUCGCUGAGGAGACCAAGUUAUUGGAAGAAAUACAUGCAGGAACGUGCGGACCCCACAUGAAUGGGUUCACAUUAGCCAAGAAGAUCUUGAGAGCUGGAUACUUUCGGAUGACUAUGGAAAGUGACAGUAUCCUCUACGUACAGAAGUGUCACCAGUGCCAGAUUCACGGGGAUUUCAUUCGAAUUUUGCCGAAUGAGUAG